CCAGUGGUGUCGUCACUUCCGGGUGUGGCUGAGGACGAGCUCGUCAUCCUAAGCGGUGUGUGCGCUCCUCCAGCGCGGUGACCGAGCACCAGACCCCGGGGCCCCCGGAGAAUGAGCGGCGCCAAGCGGAAGGACGAGCAGCCCGUGUCCAAUGGGGGAACGAAGGUGAAGACGUCUCCCUGGAGCAAAGCCCUGCGGGGGGAUGCCGCCUGGGAGGACAAGGAUGAGUUCCUGGACGUCAUCUACUGGAUGCGGCAGAUCCUGGCCAUCGUUUUGGGUGUCAUCUGGGGCAUCGUCCCGCUGAAGGGGUUUGUGGGAAUAGCUAUAUUUUGCCUGAUAAACGCCGGGGUACUCUACCUGUAUUUUAGCAGCUUCCAGCAAAUAGAUGAGGAGGAGUAUGGCGGAACCUGGGAACUAACCAAGGAAGGAUUCAUGACCUCAUUCGCCCUCUUUUUGGUGGUCUGGGUCAUCUUUUACACGGCCAUUCAUUACGAUUGAUCAUUUUUAAUCCCUUUUUGCCAAGUUCCAACUUAUUUUUUUUUCUCAAGAAUUUUUUUAAUCGUCAAAUACAAAGGACAUUUCAUGGGAGGACGGAGCUGCCGCGAUGAUGAGGAUGAUUUCUGGAUUUAGUCAUUGGCGCUGCGGGUCCAGUUCUCGCCAUGACUGCAGAGACCUUCUCUGACUUUUUACACAACUUCUUAGACUUUCCGCUCAGAGGACUAGAAUCUGGUUUUGUCUCCUGAGAAGCGUUAGCGCUGUCUCGUGGCGCCGUCCUCAGCUCGUCCAUUGUUCGCCCAGACGGCAGCGUGGGGUGAGUAGCGUCCGGCAGAACGGGCGCUGUGGUCGCAGUGUGAAUAUUGUGAUGGAUUAGAGGCUCAGACGUGGCUCACGUGGCCGCUCAAUCCCUCUGUAUAAUCCAUGGAUCCGCUCGGUGUGACCGGCGCCCUCUCCGUCACCCGUCUGUAUCGUGCGGCAGCUGCUCCAGAGCCCAGAAUGGUUUAUAAAUCAUUGAAGAUACUCAGUAUUGCAACAAUAAUUUUGGUAUUUAACUCGGCGUGAAUGUGUUUUACAAUUAAAUUUGAUU